UCACACCUCGAAAGCUCUUUCCUUUCGUGAUAGCUUCCAUUGAAUUCCAACCUCGUGUGAAUUUCCGGGUUUGCAUUAUUUCACUCACCUUUCCAUCUCAAACAGAAUAGUACCCCAGGUGUACCAGCACAAAAUGACGGAACUACGUCCCCUUCGCGGUGGUUGCCAGUGCGGCCGCAACUGUUACAUCAUCGCUAUCCCUCAGGAUGGCUUUGACAGGUGCCAGGUUCACUUCAACACCGAACCAGAGCACCAGAUACCGCUUGCGACGCCCUUGGCCGCCUACAUCCGUGUGCCGCUCGAGUGGUACCAUUCGACUACAAACUCAUUCUUCCCCGAUGAGACUCACGCACUUAUCCGUCGUGUAUACACACACCCAACUCAGAGUCACGCGAAACGCCAAUUCUGCGGGUACUGUGGCACGCCUCUAAGCUAUUGGUCCGAGAAGCCGUCAACGGAGGCAGACUUUAUCAACUUGACCAUUGGGAGCUUGCUGAGGGAGGACUUGGGUGAUCUGGAGGACAUGGGUCUCAUCCCAGGGACACCCGAGGAGACGGAGAACCAAGAGGGUAAGAAGACCGAGGACAUGACCAGCGACGUCGAGCGACUGGGCACGAGGAGCGUCCUCCGCGAGUCCUAUGGCGUGCCGUGGUUCGACAGCCUCGUCGAGGGUACUAGGCUUGGCAACAUGCGCACCAACCGAGGCAUUGAGCGUUCUCACGAUGGCCGAGUCAAAAUAGAAUGGGAAGUUCGCGAAUACCACGACGACGGUGACGAGGACACGGACAUGUCCAGCACCGGGGCUUCUGCAGGAGGCGUGCCUUCUAAGAGGAAACACUCGGACGCAGGAGCCGCCGGCACGGGGCCAGCGGCGUGAGACUGACUGGCUUGCGAUGACGUUUCAGUGUCGGAGGACGGGCCCGGCGGCGUGUGAACGAGGGACGUGGGAAAAGAAAACAGAGUUGUCUCUGCGGAAGCGCGGAGCGGGCGUUUAUUGAUGAGGCGAUGCUUAAUUAAGAGGUCAGGCAGAUUCCGACAUGCAUACGACGACGGGUUACGAUCAUACGACAUAGGGGGACGGCCGGCCAUAGAAAGAAAGGAUUGACAUGAAACGCAUCUAGGACAGGCGUCGGAGAAAUUGAUUGAAUUGAAUGCAUUUCUGAGGCAA